AAGAAAAAAAUUACUUCUUUUAAAGAAACGAGAGAAUUAACACUGCUGUGUUAUGCUGAAAAUUUACUUUCCGACGAUGAAUUUCUCGUUUUAUGGGAAAACAAUCAGUCAAGCAACCCAGAUUUUCCUUGGGACAGUUAUGGUCCGUUCGACCUCGAAAACAUAGAUGAAGCCGAAUGCAAAGCUGAAUUUCGCGUAGAGAAAAGAGAUCUUCCUACACUAAGAGAAUUACUCUGGAUUCCACCCACUUUCAAAUGCCCACAGAGGACUAUAUGCGAUGGAAUGGAAGGACUGUGCAUGCUACUAAAACGGUUAGCUUAUCCUUGUCGUUACAGCGAUAUGAUCGCGCGUUUUGGAAGACCUGUUCCUGAACUGUGCAUGAUCACGAACCGAGUCAUGGAUUUUAUCUAUGAUGCACAUGGCCACCGAAUCACUCAGUGGAAUGACACUAUACUGAAUCCCAGAUUGCUUGAACAAUAUGCCACUGUCAUCACAGAAAAGGAGCAGCUCUAG